AAUGGAUUAAUUAAAAGGGAUAGGAAUGCAAGUGUUCUAUACUAUAUUAAAGUAACAUAGAAGAAAGUUAAGGCCUGAAAUGAGAAUACUAGGAGAUGCUUAUGUAAAGGAGGAAUUCAGAUAAGCUCAUCAAAAAGCAAAUCAAGAACAAUACAUAGAAUUUUUAAAGAGAUGGUAUAUUGAUAUUUUAAAAUUGAAGGGCAAUUUAUAUUGAAGAAUUGGAUAAAUCAAAACAAAUAGGAAGAGAUUUAACAUCUGAAGAAAAGGCAUUAUUGAAUGAGGAAUAGAUAGAAAACUUAUAUAAGUUAAAAGAAUUCUCAAAAUAAUAAAAAUCUGAAUGAC